AUGGGUCCCGACUUGACGCCAAAAUAUGACUCCAACGAUGAAAGCGACCACGAUGACGAUGAAUGCAUCUACAAAGGCGACCAAACCAUAGCACCUAUUGGUUGCAAAGAACUUUUACCGCGCGUGACCCUUUUUGUGGUCAUUGGGUUUAUAUCACUACUGUUUUCUGUAACCCUGGCCCAUCAAGUACUGGAGAUCAAUCUACCCCAGACUUUGGACGAUGUCAAAGCCAUUGCUCGUCACCUCGAAACCAUGGCAGCCUCUACUUGGCUGGAUUAUGCAUCGAUUCUCGGUGUUUUUGCCGUUAUUUAUUUAUGGCAGCAAGCUUUUUCCAUUCCGGGGUCUGUGCUUCUUAAUCUUUUGGCAGGGCACUUGUACGGCAUCCCUUUUGCCACCGUUUGGACCAGCGCUUUGACCGCAGCAGGGGCUACUCUAGCCUACGGAUUGGCAAUGCUUGUCGGUGAACCUUUUCUGGGCAUGCCGUGGGUGGCCAAACGAGCGGCACCUUUCACACGCCAAAUGGAACGACAGAAAUCCAAGACGGACCUGUUUUGGUGGCUUCUUUUCGCUCGGUUAUUCCCGUUUAGCCCAUAUUGGUUCAUUAAUUUGAUAUCUCCGCUUCUAGGAGUGCCUGUGGGGCCCUUUUUCUGGUCCACUUUCCUUGGUUCCAUGCCCUACAAUUUCAUCUGUGCCCAAGCAGGAGCGGUUCUCGGUAGCUUAACGUCCACUUCCGAUAUUUUAUCCUUCGGACUUUUGCUGAAACUCCUAUUCGUUUCCUUUAUUUCUCUCGUACCCAUCAUCUGGGGAAAAUCCAUUCAACGUUGGGUCCGAAGGAUGCUGCAGUUACCACCAGUCGAUGAUGACGAUAUAGAAAAGGGCCUCUCUAUGGAACUAUCGCAAAACAGCGAUUACCAGCGCGUCUCUCAGCAUGAUUAG